AUGAACGACGACGAGGACAAUUUCACCUCAAUCACCUGGGAGAACGCAGACGACGCCAAAGCAGCCGCUGCCUCAUCCUCUGGCCACCAACAGUCAUCCUCUUCUGCCGCCUCCUCUUCUCAGCCCCCUACUUCCGGCGUAGACCUGGUCCUUGGCACCCAGAAUCUUGUUGACCCCUACUCUAGGCCGCGAGUUGAUGCUGAUCAUGGAAGACCUAGAUGGGAAGGGUAUCUCAUGGUGCAGGUCACUGAGGCUAGGAAGGAGCAUGAGGGGACAAAAGAGAUGUUCGUCUCGUACGGCAUCCGAGCGGAGACGAAUCUCAAGCACUUCGCAAGGUCACGUAUUGCUACAAGGCGGCGCUUCCAAGACUUCGUCUUUCUGAGGGAGAAUCUAGCCAGAGACUUUCCCGCCUGCGUAGUUGCACCUCUGCCCGACAAACAUAGACUUGAAUACCUGACUGGUGAUCGAUUCAAGAGCGAAUUCAUCGAGCGGAGAGUGACAGACUUGCAACUCUUCCUGGAGAGAGUCUGCCGUCAUCCGACUCUCCAACGGUCGCAGCUGCUGCGUAGCUUUCUAGAAUCAACAGAAUGGCACGUCGAAAUGCAUACACAUACUUCAUCAGCAGCGAGUGGAAGCAGCAAUGCGACCUUGACUGGAGUCGACGAAGGGCCAAGAGGGCCCCAGGGUAUCCUCGAUACGCUGUCGGACACCUUCCUCAACGCUUUUGCUAAAGUCCGCAAGCCAGACGAGAAGUUCGAGGUGAUGAAGGAGCGGCUAGACAAAUUUGAUGAGGGGCUCUCCGGCGUUGAAAGAGUGAUCAGCCGAGGUCGCGUGCGCUGGACAGACCUUGCAACAGAUUACGAAGAGCUGGCUAACGCGAUCGAAGGGCUGGGGUACCUAGAGAGUGGCAUUACGGACCCCUUGAAUCGUUUCGCGUCAAGCUCAAACGAGUGGGCAAGAAUCACCAGGAGCACCACUGGCCGCUCUACCGACGAACUUCAAUCGCACCUUCACGCCAUCUUGGCAUACUCUUCCGCACAUCGAUCUGUGCUGAAGCUGCGGGACCAGAAGCAGCUAGACUUCGAGGAGCUCACAGACUACCUUUCUUCUGUGGUGUCCGAGCGAGACCGAUUGGCAAGUCUAAGCAGUCCCCACGGUGGAGGGCAUGGUCACGGUGGUGUCCGAGGCGCUGGAAUCACAGGCUUUCUCAAGGACAAAGUCGAUCACUUCAGGGGCGUGGACGAAGAGCGGACGAGGGUCGAGAGAAUGCAAAGGCUCGAUGGAAGAAUCAAGGAGCUGCAAGAUGCGGUCACUGUGUCACAUGACGUCUCCGUCGCCUUUUCAGAUGAGGUUGCAAAGGAGAACAAGAUCUUCCACAUGGCGAAGGACCAAGAGAUGAAGGAGCUCUUGGGCUCCUAUGCGGAUGGGCAGGUUGCGAUGUGGAAGCAAGGGGCUGAUCUGUGGGACGCAUUGAUUCCCAAGCUGGAGGCCAUCAAGGUGGACGUGUAG